CAUAGUCCAUGCCGAAAAACUUUUAUCAAAGUCAGUUUUAUUUCGUACUAACUGGAGUGAAAGAACUCAUAGUUGAGUUACCAUUCCAUUACUCACUUAGUUUGUGACAUUUCUGCACACCAAGAAUACAUAUACUCAAGGAAUGGUCCCAUGUCACCAAACAAGUUUAAAUGAAUGUUUUCCUUCCACUUUUACAACUCCUCUUAGUUCAGUAAUUCCGUUCUUAUCCUCCAAUUCCACUCUCAUCUCAAUUUUUUCUUUCACCUCACCCUCUUCUCCUCCUUCUUUUCCUCCUCAUACCGCUCACCUUUCCUUCUGCCUCAUCAAGUUUCUCUCUCUCCAACUACAUACAGUGCACGUAGGAAUCUCACGUGGUCUUGCGUUCUUCAUGAGUUGCAAUCAGUUUUUCUAACAUGUAAAACUCUGUUGUCUUUCAUUUCACUCCUGUCGACUUUUACCUGGAAAAAGAGCUGGAUUUUUCACUUUUGACGGCAAGUUCACUAGCCAAAACUCAUGUUCACCUUGGUAAACUGUAGGCAGCAACUGAACACCGGAACCGGAAGUUAGCAAGCUACUUACCACACAGCCACUCCUGCACCUACUAAUACUGUUGUAAAAUAUUUAUGUAAUAUCAGUGACUAGUAGUCACUUUGAAAACUAUAUAUUUCGAACGGGAACUCGACAGCGCCACAUCUACCCGAACAACUUUUUUUUUUGUUGUUUUUUGAAGAACUCUGGCCGAAUUUUUUGUGCGAAACCACCAUUGUUGGGUGGUAGUGAAUAAUUGAGAAAAAUGAGAAGUUAUGCAGAAGCUACUGGAGGUCGAGUUCCCCUAGACCCAAGUGUGUUGAAACAGGAGAUAUUACAGUGGAAUGGAGAGCUGAUAAAGAAAUAUAGUAUUAUGGUAGAGAAGAAAGGGUCAAAUAUAAAAAUGACCCUGCCAGAAGAGGAGAAAAUGGAAAAGAAGACGGUCAUAUUCAGAACAUUUUCGAAUAAAAAUAGAAUUGAGCACGCGCCGCAAGAAGAAAUAGAAGAAAUUGUGGAUGAAAAGGAGAAGAUGAAGUGGUUUCAUGAGGAAUAAAGUGAAAGAAAUGAAUAAAAAAGCAAUAAUUCCCAUUCUGUGUUUGGUUACCACAAUUUCCAUAUUUGUUAUACGGAGUUUCAACCUGAAUAAGGAAAGCAUGCAAUUGAUAGAAAUGGAAAUUAACAAAGGAUUCUUGGUUGAUUCGAAAACGUGCAGGAUACCAAAUAUUGAUCCAUUCGACAUUUCUGUACGUAAAUAUUUCUCGAUAAGUAAAUGGCAACCCUGUCCAGGUAAAGCUUCUUUGACAUACCAAGAGGAUAAUAUUUUGAGAAUUAAUAAAACUGUUAUCAUACAAAGGUAUAAAAACAGUUUUCAUUCAUGCAAAGUAUAUCCAAUAGUGAGGAAUGAUACUGACGAUAAUCAUAUCGACUACCUGAAGGAAUCUUUACAGUUUAAAUCAGAUGUGAAUAUAACUCAUGAAUUUAUUAGAGUUCAGUGUUUUAAUAGAGACAAUAAAACAAUUUACACAAAUUUCCACGCCUUUGUCCAGAUGAAAAAAUUACGGCCUAAGGAUAUGAAUCCAUAUAAUAUUGGUUACGAUGGCAUUGACUCUUCAAAAGAUUCUAUGAAAAACAUUGAUUUUUCAAACAUUGUAGAAAACAAACUUUCACUGAAUGUUCUUUUAAUUGGAGUUGAUUCAGUUUCACGACUGAACUUCAUACGACAAAUGCCAUUAACUCGUCAGUUUUUAUUAAAUCAUGGCGCUAUUGAAAUGUUAGGUUACAACAAAGUGGGUGAUAAUACAUUUCCCAAUAUAAUACCAUUUCUUACUGGUAAAUACCUAGAAGAACUACCUGAAUCAAAGAAACUGGAAUGGAAGCCAUUUGAUAAAUACGAUAUAAUUUGGAAACAUUAUAAUAAAUCCGGGUACGUUACUAUGUUUGCAGAAGAUUCAACAUCUGGGGCAAUAUUUAACCACUUGAGAUACGGUUUUAAGAAACAACCAACUGACCAUUAUUUGAGACCAUUUGCACUUGCAAGGGAGAAACAAAGUUCUCUUUGGUCAAAUAAUAAUUUUUGUUUUGGUAAUCGAAUGGAACCAGCUAUUGUUCUACAAUACGCAUAUGAUUUCAUCAGAGUCUACAAGGAUAAGCCAUAUUUCACUUUAACGUUUAUUACACGUAUUUCACAUGAUGAUAUGAAUGCGGCUGGACGUGGAGAUUUUGAAUAUCUGAGGUUCCUUAAGAAAUCUUUCAAACAAAACCUACUAAACAAUACUAUUUUGAUUUUCUUUUCUGAUCAUGGAAUUAGGUUUGGCUUAUUUCGCAAGACUUAUGUUGGUCGACUAGAAGAACGACUUCCUGCUAUGUAUAUCCUUCUACCAGAGUGGUUCAGAUACAAAUUUCCGACAUUCUGGAAUAAUCUCAAAGUAAACACUCACCGAUUGACAACACCAUUUGAUAUCUAUGAAACCCUACAAGAUAUUUUGGAUAUUGAAAAAGCAGCAGAACAUUAUAAAUCUAAUGAAAUUGACUACAAAAAUCUAAAACGCAUCAGCCUGUUCAGAAAGAUACCUUUAAAUCGUUCUUGUGAGGCAGCACGUAUUAAACCACACUGGUGUACAUGUCACGUCUUUACUUCAGUUGCUCUUAAUGAUACCAUUGUAAUUAUCGUAACUAAUUACCUCGUGAAUUAUAUAAACAACAUGACAUCAAAUUCUAGUAAAGUGUGUGCCAGGUUAAAAUUACAGGAAAUCAAAAAUGCUGAAAUUUCAGUGAUGAAUGACAAGGUACUUUCCUAUUUAGGUAAAGGAGUUCAGACUUAUAAGGAUUACCGAAUUAUUAUGCAGACACUUCCCGGUGAAGGUUUAUUUGAAGGAUCAGUAAGAUAUUACAGUGACAAUGAGCAAUUAUCAUUGUUGGGAGAGAUUAGUCGAAUAAACCGCUAUGGACAUCAAUCUGACUGUAUUCAUGACUUUAUCCUGAGGAAAUAUUGCUACUGUAACAAAUAGCAUUCUUUAGUCCUGUUUUGGCAAUGUCUAAUUAUAUUAGAACAUAUCAAACUACUUAAGUUAUUUUUUUGUAUUUGAUGGUCUCUAUAUCUACAAUACCUAACAACAUGUUUGAUGCGAAACUGUUUACAUUUUAUUGUGGAAACUGUCUAAUGUAUUAGAAGUUGAUGUAAUGUUGCACACGAAUUAUAGGAUUUCGUAAAUGUGUAUUUUUUUUUUAACAUCGCAGCUGAAAUCGCUGUAUGACAGACGUAUCGAACACUAUUACGUUAAAGGUUGGAAACAAUCAACCAUAUGUGAGUUGUCUACAACAUAUCAUCUAAUCGAGACAGUAAAACGUUACUCUUUCCCUCUCUCCUCAACAUAUACGAGCGUGCAUAUUUUGUAUAUGUGCUCAUGGACGUGAUUUGUGUGUCUGUUUAAAACUGAAAAAUAAAUAUUCACUACAUGUUUUGAAAUUUUA